CUCUAAAAAAAGAUUACGAUUUUAAUUUAAAUUUAACUUUAAUUUUUACUUGCUGUUUUUUAUCUUUUUUUAUAUAUUAAGUUUUUGUUCUCAAAUUUUUGUGAUAGAUUUUUUAUUAUAAAAAUUACUUCUAAAUCAAAAACAUUUAAUUUUUCUUUAAGAAAAUAAAAUAAUAUUAAAUAUUAAUUUGGAUUUAAGCAUUGGAACACUUGCAACUCAAGAACAAGUGCAAAAUGAAUCAAGAUGGGGGUGAAUUCGGAAAUGAAAUGUAUUUGGACGGAAAUGCAAAUAGCAGCCAAAGCGGCGCAGGUUCGUCCGGAGCAUUUGUCCGAAUAACAAGAGAACAUCAAGCAGAAAUAGAUGCUGCUAAUAUAAUAGAGGAAGAGGUAGUUAAUUUUAACUGCCAGUCAUUAUCGCAACAGGUUAAAAAUUUGGUACCACAGUCAAUGAGAUUGUACCGCGAUACCAUAAGACGUGCUGUAAAUAAUUACACCAAUGAGGAAAUUGCUCAAUGGUCAGCUGAUGAAGCAACGAUUCGACUCAACCGAAUUGAAGAGGCUUGGUCAAAAUUUGAAGCAGAAUGGCCAUUGCUUGGUCAACAACAGCAACUUACUGAAGAACAAUUAGCUGGUUGCAGUGCCUUUUUAGCAGAUGCUGAAGAAGAAUAUUUGUCCUAUAAAUUCAAGCUACGCAGACAAAUUUCAUCGAUUGAGUCGGUCACAACUUUAGCCAGACCUUCUGAAGUUUCUCCUAUUCAAAUUCAGAUUUCAGAUCCUCCUCGCAUACCUAAAUUCUCGGGUUUGGAAAGCGACUGGGCUAAUUUUCGAGCAAUAUUCGAAGCAGAGGUGCACUGUAAGUCAAAAUUUUCCAAUUCCCAAAAAAUGCGAUAUCUCUUAGGAGCGCUACAAGGUCGAGCUGAGGCGAUAUACAAAAACUGGCCAAUCGGUGACGGCAGUACUUACGAUCAAUUAUGGAAGGAACUAUCCACACAAUAUGGCAACGAGUAUAAUACGAUUCGUGCCCAUAUGCGAACGUUAUCAGCACUGAAGCCGUUACAUCGUCCAACAUGUGAAGAAAUGAGAAAAAUGCUUGACUCUGCACGAAAUGCUUUUCGUCAAUUACAGCUAUUGCUAACAUCAGACAUACUAGCGGAACAUAUGCUUCUUUACCAACUUGAAACACUUUUGGAUUCUGAAAGCCAAGUGCAAUGGUCAAUUCAGCGAUCAGCUGAGAAAUUACCAACCCUCUCAGGAAUGUUUCGCUUCCUUGAAAUACGAGCAAGUCUAUUGUCUCAGUUGUCAGAAACAGGUUCUAGUUAUUGCGCACCGUCGAAGAGUGAUAGGCAUUAUGAAAGUAACGAAUAUAAUCAAUCUCGAAUAACUGUGAGAAGCAAAGAGCCUCUUCCGAAUUGUGACCUUUGUAUAGGUCAACGCCAUUGGCCAUAUCACUGUGCCAAGUUUAAAAGUUUAUCUAUGGCUGACAGAUUAAAAUACACUACAAAACACCGGCGUUGUAUAAAUUGUUUCAGUGCAAGACAUUAUUCACUAAAAUGCCCAGAAAAACCUUGCCCAAGGUGUAAGGUUAAGCAUAACAGCGUAUUGUGCCCAAAGAACUUGAACAUUGGCUCCCCUGUUGAGACACUUAUGGUUUUACAGGGAGAUGUUGAUAACAAGAGAAUCUCUGGUGAGAAUGUCACGUCACUUCAUGAUAAAAAUUAG